AGUAAUCAACAAAUGAUUUUUGUGUGGUGGAUUAUCAUUUGAGUUUGACAAAUACAAAAAGCAAAAGUAUCACUCUUUUUAUAAAAAAAACAUCCUCUCCGGUUCCACGCCGGUCGACACAGAAGAAACCGCUCAACAUUGUCUCUCUUUCUCUCUUUCAUACCUCUUUUUUUUUACAUUUUGGUAAAUUUUUCCUUUUGAGUAAAUUUAAUAUCAUUUACUCUUUUUUUUCUCUCGUCUUGUCUCAUUAGGAAAAAAAUUUCUGUCUUUAAAAAGAGCUUCUUUGCUUGUACAUCAUCUUCUUCUUCGUUGGCAUUCUCUUCAAAUCUUUCGUACAAAAUGCAAAACCUGAACCUCUAAGCUCAAAAAAAGGUUUAGAGACUGUAACCGCUUUGAUCAGCAGAUUUUUCAACUUGAAAAAAAGUUACAAUCUUUGAUGGCUCCUCCAAUGACGUUUUCUCUGUCACCAAUGGAGAUGUUGAAAUCGCCUCCUGAUCAAUCUCACUUCUCUUCUUACGACGCUUCUUCUAUUCCUUAUCUCAUCGAUAACAUCUAUGCUUUCAAAGAAGAAGCUGAUAUAGAAGCUGCUGCUUCAAUGGCGGAUUCAACAACUCUAUCCACUUUUUUCGAUUCGCAAAUCCAUUCUCAGGCUCAGAUUCCAAAGCUCGAAGAUUUUCUCGGUGAUUCCUUCGUUCGUUACUCUGAUAACCAAACAGAGACACAAGACUCUUCUUCUCUCACUCGAUUCUACGAUCUACGUCACCACACCGAUGCCGGAGGAGUUUCAGAGUUCUUCUCCGAUCAUCAUCAGCAGCACGAUUUCAAGACGAUAAACUCGGGAUCAGAAAUUGUCGAUGACUCCACAGCUUCCAACAUCGGUGGUACUCAUCUUUCUAGUCACGUGGUGGAGUCAUCAACGACGGCGGAGUUAGGGUUUAACGGUGGUUGCACCACCGGAGGAGCUUUGUCUCUAGGGGUUAACAACACAUCAGAUCAACAUUUAAUAAGCUGUAAUAAUGGCGAGAGAGGUGAAAACAGCAACAAGAAGAAGACAGUGUCUAAGAAGGAAACAUCGGAUGAUUCAAAGAAGAAGACUGUCGAAACAUUGGGACAAAGAACUUCGGUUUAUCGUGGAGUCACCCGACAUAGAUGGACUGGAAGAUACGAAGCACAUCUAUGGGACAACAGCUGUAGGAGGGAAGGUCAUGCCAGAAAAGGACGUCAAGUGUACUUAGGUGGAUAUGACAAGGAAGAUAGAGCAGCUAGAGCCUAUGACUUGGCAGCUUUAAAAUACUGGGGUCCUACUGCUACUACAAAUUUUCCGGUCGCGAGUUAUUCAAAAGAACUUGAGGAAAUGAAUCACAUGACCAAGCUAGAGUUUAUUGCAUCUCUUAGGAGGAAAAGUAGCGGUUUUUCGAGAGGAGCUUCUAUGUAUAGAGGUGUGACAAGGCAUCACCAACAAGGUCGUUGGCAAGCAAGAAUCGGCCGUGUCGCAGGAAACAAAGAUCUUUACCUCGGAACCUUUGCAACCGAAGAGGAAGCAGCAGAGGCUUAUGACAUUGCAGCCAUAAAGUUCAGAGGAAUCAACGCAGUAACUAACUUUGAAAUGAACCGGUAUGACGUGGAAGCUGUCAUGAAAAGUUCUUUCCCUGUAGGAGGAGCAGCUGCGAAACGCCACAAACUCUCUCUUGAAUCUCCUUCUUCAUCAUCCUCCGACCAUAACAUCCAACAACAACAUUUGGUUCCGUCCUCUUCUUCCUCGGAUCACAACCCUAACUCAAUCCCAUGUGGCAUUCCAUUUGAAUCUUCAGUUCUCUAUCACCACCAGAACUUCUUCCAGCAUUAUCCUUUGGUUUCUGACUCUACAGUUCAAGUUCCUAUGAACCAAGCUGAGUUUUUCUUGUGGCCUAACCAGUCUUACUGAAUCAUAUGGUUCGUUCUUGCUUAGACUUCUAUUCACCGCGCUAACGGAUGACCCGAGGCUUAUCUUCUUGAUUCUGUUUAUAAGGAUGGAUCUUUGAAGUUCCUUUUUAACUGUAGGCUAAGACAGAAGUAGAGGGGGUAAAAGUUGAAGAAGCUUAAAACUUUUGGGGGUCAAUUUUGUAGUAAUCUUCUUUUGUUAGUGGUGGAUUAUCUAUCGGUUUUAUUACUCAUUUUUUGUAUGUAAUCGGCCUAUCGGUAUAACUCUGUUUCCAUACGAAUAUCUUUCUCAGAUUUUCAAAA